AGCAGGAGGAGGAGGUGUCCGGAGUCAGCCGGGAGGCGGAGGAGAUAUGACUGCGCUGGCGGGGUCGAUCCCGAGGAUGAUGCGACCCACGCUGGCUCAGAACUACCCACGAGGCGGCUUCCCACUGGAAGUGUCCACGCCGCUGGGUCAAGGCCGAGUCAACCAGCUCGGAGGAGUUUUCAUCAACGGCAGACCUUUGCACCACAUCCGACACAAGAUCGUGGAGAUGGCGCAUCACGGCAUCAGGCCGUGCGUCAUCUCCCGACAGCUCCGCGUCUCCCACGGCUGCGUGUCCAAAAUCCUGUGCCGGUACCAGGAGACGGGUUCCAUCAGACCCGGGGCCAUCGGGGGCAGCAAACCAAAGCAGGGAACGACGCCGGAUGUAGAGAAGAGAAUCGAGGAAUACAAGCGGGAAAACCCGGGAAUGUUUAGCUGGGAAAUCCGGGAUAAAUUACUAAAGGACGGAAUAUGUGACCGCAGCAACGUCCCUUCAGUGAGCUCCAUCAGUCGCAUCAUGCGGAGUAAAUUCGGGGGAAAAGCCGAUGAUGAAGAUGAAGAUGAAAUGGAGAAGAAAGAGCUGGAGGAGAACGAUCGGAGGGCCAAACACAGUAUUGAAGGCAUCCUAGGAGACAGAUCGAGUCACUCAGACGAGGGUUCCGACAUGGAGUCUGAGCUCAACCUGCCAUUGAAAAGGAAGCAGCGGCGCAGUCGGACCACCUUCACAGUGGAGCAGCUGGAGGAGCUGGAGCGGGCGUUUGAGAGAACACACUACCCCGACAUCUACACCAGGGAGGAGCUUGCACAGCGGGCCAAACUGACUGAAGCCAGGGUGCAGGUAUGGUUCAGCAACCGUCGAGCGAGGUGGAGAAAGCAAGCAGGAGCCAAUCAGCUGAUGGCAUUUAAUCACCUGAUCCCAGGAGGCUUCCCACCCUCAGCCAUGCCUGGUAUCGCCCCCUACCAGCUCUCCGAAAGCACCUACCCCCCCUCAUCUGUAGCACAAGUAUCGGAGUCUCCCAACACGGUGCAUCGGCCUCAACCGCUCCCUCCAUCCUCUGGCCACCAGGUGUCUGCUGCAGGAGGACAGGGGGAAGGAGGCUCUGCGUACUGCCUCGCCUCCGGAAGACACUCUUUCUCAGGAUACUCAGACAGCUUUGUGGGCCCCGGGGGGCCCAACAAUCCCAUGAACCCCGCCAUAGGAAACGGACUCCCUCCACAGGUGAUGGGCCUGUUGAAUCCCGGCGGAGUUCCACAUCAACCCCAAAGUGACUAUGCCAUCUCACCGUUGACGGGUGGUCUUGAGCCCCCUGCUGGAAUAACCACCAGCUGCAGCCAGCGCAUGGAUCACAUUAAGGGUCUGGAGGGUCUGACCAGUGUCCCCUCCAUGUCAGCUUUGCCCUCCCUGCCCAGCUCCCAGUCUUACUGCUCGCCCUCCUACAGCUCACCAGGCUACACCGUUGACCACGUGGCUUCUUACCAGUACAACCAAUAUGGACAAAGUGCCCUUCCUUAUCUGAGGCCUGAAAUCACCUGAUACGAUGACAUCACAGCAUUGGAAAACCUGUUUUACUGGGACCAAAACAACAGUUUCCAUAUGACAAUUUUUAAUCGGCUAACAAACAAAAAAUGAAGGGACCGCAAGAAGAAAUAGCAGACCAAAAACUAUUGAUUUACCAAGCACAUUCCUGCAUCAGUGUUGAAAAUAAAAGACGGAGAUCCCAACAGGUGUGUCACAUCCAUUAAUGAUUAAUGUGGUUCUUCUUUCACCACAUUCUGAGUUGCAGACACCUGCUGUUUCGUUGCAGAGGCUCUAAGCCAACCCAGUGACCAAAACCCGCUGACGUGCUUUUUGCCAGUCUGUGGUCACAGCCAGUCAGUCUUUGAGCUGAUACUUGAAGCAACAUGUUUAUAUGCCCGAGGGCCCCACCAGUCCGCGUGUCUCAUCUCCAAAUGGGAUCUCCUCAAGGAGAAAAGAAAGUGUUUUUUUUUCAUUUUAUUGGACACGGCUUGUAUUUGAGAUUUCUGUAUCUCACGCACAAAGGAAAAAUUUCAGCGAUAAUGAAAACAAGCGCACCAGCAAAUGUGGAUUUUAUUGUCAGAAACAGCUGUAAAAGUACAACACGGCCAAACUGCAGAGGAAGUCAGUUCAAGCAUUCCCCUUAGACCCCCUUCCCUCCGCUCCCUCUUGUCUUUUCUUGUGUCUUCCCUCUCAUUGAUGCUUUUGACAGUGAGUGUGGCAGGGAUCUCGGUCUUUUGUAGUUUUUGGAGAGGACUCGGGGAGGUCAGGGGGUGACGUUAGGGAAAGUGGCAGAUUAGAGGAGGGCAGCGGGGACGUGGCUUUGAGACCGAUAGGCAAGAUCGAUCACAGGGUGAAAACCUUUUAAAGAUCUUCUCCCAGCCUGAAAAAGACUCCGGGUCACAAGUCACGACCGAAAGACACUUGAGAAAUCAAGAGACUAAGAGAGUUUAGACUACACACAGGCAUUCUCACUGCGGAACCGAAGUGCAAUAUCAUAUAUCUGACAGUCAACAUCACCAUUUAAAUGCUUAAAAACAAAAAAGUGCCUCCUAAAGCCUUAGAAACAUUUUGGUUUCACACUCUGGAUACUUUCAUGCUCAGAUAUGUGACUUUGAAUUUUUUUGGGACCAAAUAAAAGAUACUCCUAAAGGUAAAGACGUUUACUUGAAUGCAACUGGAUGGGUUUUUAGUUUGGAUUUCAAAAUGACAGCCCGAAAUGAGCCUAAAAUGAGUUCAGUUACUUUCCAGUAAAUUUGUUCCUAGAGGUCCAAUACAACCAUGUCCACACGUGUGUAAUCACAACAGUAGUAUGAAGAAAAUAAAUGAAUCCAAGGUCAACAGCCAGUUUCCAGGAAUGACAAAGCCAAAAUUGUAUUUUAAUGUUGCAUUGUUUGGGAUUGUUUUGAUGCAGAAAGCAGGACACAAAUUAGUUUUUUUAAAGGGGUCAUAUUGUACACAUUUCAUUCAAUCAAAUAUAGGUCAACAACUGUUAGUCACAAAAGCUGCAUUUUAUAUAUAACUUUAACCCUAAGGACCUGAUUAUUACGCCUCCUUCCUGAAAGCAGGGGGAGCAGGAGUACACUAAAAACAAACAAACAAACAAACAAAAAACAACACAGGCUCAACAAAAAAGUAUAAGGUAACAAUUUGCUUGGCUCAUUUAAAGUAAUUCCAUUGUUGAGUAAAUGCCAUGAAAGUAAAACUAAUUCAAGUUUGUUUAGUUAAGCAUUUAUUUCAGUAGUUUAGUACAGUUAAUUUGCUUUGUCCUCUACAAAGUUAAUUAAGUUGGACCAACCUAAUUACAAGGUUUUAGAGUUAUUAAGCAGUCAAAUAAUUUCAUUGGUUAUUCUAACUUCUUUAUUUUACUUCCAUUCUACUCUGGAAUAUCCAUAUAAAUCGAUAACU